GGCGCAACUUUUUCCGGUUGGACUCUGAAGACGUGGCUCUGUUUCUUCAAUAUUACGAGUCAAGCUAUAUGCUACUGUUAAAACAGAGCAUAAGUCACCUUUCUGACAUCUUGUGUUGUAGAAACAGCUGGACAGACAGUGUCCGUGACUGAGUCUACUGACUGGAUCCUCGUCUGAAACGGAUCAGAAAUGGUGCUCUUGGCAGCGGCGGUGUGCACUAAGGCAGGAAAAGCCAUAGUGUCACGACAAUUCGUAGAGAUGACGCGAACCCGUGUCGAGGGUCUUCUGGCUGCCUUUCCCAAACUGAUGAAUACAGGAAAGCAGCACACUUUUGUGGAAACGGAGAGUGUGCGCUAUGUCUACCAGCCCCUAGAGAAACUCUACAUGGUUCUGAUCACUACAAAGAACAGCAACAUUCUGGAGGACUUGGAGACACUAAGACUUUUCUCCCGAGUGAUCCCUGAAUAUUGCAGAGUGCUGGAGGAAAGCGAGAUCUCAGAGCACUGUUUUGAUAUCAUAUUUGCAUUUGAUGAGAUUGUAGCUCUGGGCUACCGGGAGAACGUUAACCUGGCACAGAUUCGCACUUUUACUGAGAUGGACUCGCAUGAAGAGAAGGUCUUCAGGGCUGUCAGAGAGACCCAAGAAAGAGAAGCAAAGGCUGAGAUGAAACGCAAGGCUAAAGAGCUGCAGCGAGCAAGACAAGAUGCUGAACGUGCCGGAAAGAAAUCGCCAGGCUUCGGAGGUUUUGGAAGUUCAGGAAUGAGCAGCGUCACAUCAGCCACCAUCAUCACUGAUACAAUAGAGCCAGAGAAGCCCAAAGUGGCUCCUGCUUCAGUCAGGCCGAGUGGGUCCAGUAAAGCACUGAAGCUGGGUGUCAAAGGAAAAGAGGUUGAUAACUUUGUGGACAAACUUAAGUCAGAAGGAGAAAAUAUCAUCACAUCCAGUGCAGGAAGGAAGGCAUCAGAGGCAUCUAAAGUCCUUCAGCCUCCAGUGAAUAUAGAGAGUGUACAUUUGAGGGUGGAGGAGAAGAUAUCUCUGACCUGUGGUCGGGAUGGUGGGCUGCAGAACAUGGAGGUUCUGGGCAUGAUCACUCUGAAAGUCACAGAUGAAAAAAAUGGCCGCAUUUCCAUACUCAUCAACAACAAUGACAAGAAGGGAGCCCAACUACAGACUCAUCCUCAUGUUGAUAAAAAGCUGUUUACCAACGAGUCCCUGAUCGUUCUGAAAAACCAGGACAAGUCCUUUCCUCUCAACAGUGAUUUGGGGGUUCUGAAAUGGAGGUUACAGAGCACAGAUGAGUCCCUCAUUCCUUUAACCAUUAACUGUUGGCCAUCAGAAAGUGGAAGUGGCUGUGACGUCAACAUUGAGUAUGAGCUUCAGGACCAGGGACUUGAACUCAAUGAUGUUGUCAUUACUAUCCCUCUGCCGUCAGGUGUUGGUGCGCCUGUGGUCGGUGAUCUGGAUGGGCAGUAUAACCAUGACAGCAGGAAAAACAUCCUGGAAUGGUCACUUCCUGUCAUUGAUGAGAAAAACAAGAGUGGCAGCCUGGAGUUCAGUAUAGAUGGCAAACCCAAUGACUUCUUCCCAAUCCAUGUUUCUUUUGUCUCCAAGCGAAACUUUUGUGACAUUCAGAUGGCCAAGGUGACAUACAUAGAAGGAGGCAGUCCAGUCAAAUUCUCCUCUGAGACGUCAUUUGUUGUGGAUAAGUAUGAGAUCCUGUAAAUGUUUCCUGGUGGAAGAUCGUUUUAACCUGCCAGCCAGCUUAACGGAUCAGAGAGUGCGCUGUACAUCAACAGAGCACUCAAAACAUUCUCUGACAUGGGCUGCAAUGCUUCUGUGUUUCUGUUUGUCUUAAAGGAAAAUAAUCUACCUUUAUAUAAACUGGACCUUCAGCUGCUCAAGUACUAAGUGCAGUCGGCAACACCUGCCAGAAAAGACAAAAGAGUAAAAUAAAGCACUGCACCUGUAGACAUCAAGGGAAGAUCAGUGUCAUCCUACAGCAGACGCGUUAUAA